UCCGGUGGUGGCCGGUGCUCAGCGCCUUUUGGCGUUCCCGGAGCCCAUCCCGGCCCCAUUUGCCCCCCGGAGGAGCCCAGCACGCCCGGGGAUGGCUGAUAACACUGGGAAUUUUUUUUCUCUAGCAGGAAGCCCAAGCAUUUCCUCCUCCAGCGCUGCCUCUGGUUGCCGAGCGGGUUUUGCAAUCCCCUCGACAGGUCCGUGCCGGGUGGUUUUUGGCAGCACUCGCGGCUCGGUCCAUGCGCAGCCUUCGCGUGGUGCUGCCGGCGAGGUUGGAGCUGCCCAGGGGAACAUCCUUGGCCGGCGCUUCCCUGCGCCUUGCCAGGCAAGGACGGAUCAAAGGCUGGGAUUUGGUGGCCAGCGGCCCCCGGGGUGACCCCUGUGCUUCCCGCUGGAGAUGCAGAGCACCCCCAACUACCUCUGGAGCACCGAUGACCUCCUGGGCCAGGGAGCCACAGCCUGUGUCUACAAAGCUCGCAACAAGAAAUCAGGGGAGCUGGUUGCUGUGAAGGUCUUCAACAAUGCCAGCUACCUCCGGCCCCAGGAGGUCCAGAUGAGAGAGUUUGAGAUGCUGCGGAAGCUGAACCACAAAAACAUUGUCAAAUUAUUUGCCGUGGAGGAGACAGGCAGCAGCAAGCAGAAGGUGCUGGUGAUGGAGUACUGCUCCAGUGGCAGUUUGCUGAACGUGCUGGAGGACCCAGCGAACGCCUUCGGCUUGGCCGAGUCCGAGUUCCUCAUCGUGCUGCAGUGUGUGGUGGCAGGCAUGAACCACCUCCGUGAGAACGGCGUCGUCCACAGAGACAUCAAACCUGGCAACAUCAUGCGGCUGGUGGGGGAAGACGGGCAGAGCAUCUACAAACUGACCGACUUUGGGGCCGCCCGAGAGCUGGAGGACGACGAAAAGUUUGUGUCUGUCUACGGGACAGAGGAAUAUCUCCACCCCGACAUGUACGAGCGGGCCGUCCUGCGCAAGCCGCAGCAGAAGGCGUACGGCGUCACCGUCGACCUCUGGAGCAUCGGUGUCACCUUCUACCACGCUGCCACCGGCAGCCUCCCCUUCGUCCCCUUCGGGGGGCCCCGCAGGAACAAGGAGAUCAUGUACAAAAUCACCACUGAGAAGCCUCCUGGAGCCAUUGCAGGGAUCCAGAGGCAGGAGAACGGGAACAUUGAGUGGAGUUAUGAGCUGCCCAUCACCUGCCGCCUCUCCCUGGGGCUGAAGGACCAGCUGAUCCCCAUUUUGGCUAACAUCCUGGAGGCGGAUCAGGAGAAAUGCUGGGGAUUCGACCAGUUUUUUGCAGGAACCAAUGACAUUUUGCACAGGAUCGUGGUGGACGUGUUCUCCCUGCAGCAGGCUUCCUCCCACCGCAUCUACAUCCACUCCUACAACACUACCACCAAGUUUUUAGACGCCGUCUACAAACAAACAAACAUAGUCCCUCACCAUCAAGAAUACUUUUUUGAAGGACACCUGUAUGAGCUGGAUCCCAAUCUCCAAGCUCACAGUUUCUGCAAAACCACAGAGCGCAGCCCCCUGACCUUGCUGAGCACAGCUGAGCACCCCGAGGACGUGGUGGGGGUCCGGUACAGAGACCCGGCACUUGAGUUCCCAAAGUUUGUCCCCAAGGUGGACGUGGUGGCCGACUGCAGUGCAGCCAAGAGCGCGGUGGGUGCCGCACACCAGACCCUGCGCAUCGGGCAGGCCCUGCGGCGCGGCCGGGAGCUGCUGGCCAGGGGCCUCCACUGGGUGAUAGGGGACCUGAAAACAGAGUGCUCGAGGAUUUUGGAGCAGAGGAGGGGGGCUCUCUCAGUGCUCACCUGCCUGCAGCUCACCGAGGGGAAGACCCGUGUGCUGUACGAGUCUGUUCCUGCAGGCAGUGGGGUGCCAGCUGUGAUGGACAUGGCCAUGGUGAAGACAAGGCUGCAGAGGGUCUCAGAGGAGCUCUCUCAGUGCUCCCACAACAUCUUUGACUUCCAAGGGGCUCUGGAUGGGAUUUUGUCCGAGCUGGUGAAGGACAGGCAGCAAGUGCACGAAGACAAAAGCAUCCAGCAGAUUGAGUGCUGCCUGGAGAAGAUGCAGCUGAUCUACAAGCAGUUCAGGAAGGCCAGGACGUGUCUGAGGCUGUGCUACAAUGAGGAGCAAAUACACAAGCUGGAUAAGAUGAAUUUAGGGAACCUGGCCAGGAAGGUUCUGUCGAUUUUCCAGAAUGACUGUGUCCAGCGGUACCAGGAGGCCCUGAUCCUCCACAGCAGCAGGAUGAGGAAAGUUUGCGAGAUAAAGAAGCACCUGAAGAGGCUCAGCAACCGCAUCAGCACCUGCAGUGUGGAGAUGAUGGAGUGCCAGGACUGCCUGCAGGGUGCUUUGGACAGGUUUCUCCAGAUGGAGAAAUGGAGUUUGGCCCCAGUUCCUCCCGUGCCUUCCCCCAUCCACCUGAGCCAGGAGAUGGCUUUUCGGAUGCAGGAGCUGCUGGAGCAGAUGAGGUCAGUGAGUUGUGAUCUCCAGUUCAACAACAGCAUCAUCGAGAGGUUGGGAGGGGCUGCCCCCACCCCUGGCGUUUGAGGGACGUGGUGAAUGUGCAGCUGCUGAAGCGAAACCACUUCCCACCACUGGGAAAUCCCAGCACUUGGGGAGCCAUCGGGCACUGGUGUUUGAGGAGCUCUCUGUGUCCUACCUCUCUGCCCCAGCACUUUUGCACGUUCACCAGCAUUAGCUCUGAGUACCUCAAGCCUUUGGAAGCUUGACCAGACAACUGAGUGGGGGUUUAUUUCUCUUUAUUUUAAAAAGUGCUUGAAGGACUCCGUGGUUUUCUGGCUUCUCUGUAUCACCAUGUCAGAUGAAGAAGAGGCUAGACUUUUUCUCUUCUUACUUAAUCAGGGAUUAUUCCCACUUUUAAUGUGGAGGAAUUCCUUCCUAACGUCCUAAAUAAUACAUGGGGACAAAAGGCAAAACGAUGCAUCCCUGGAGCUGAACAUCCUGCUGCCCUGAGUCUCAGCAAGGGAACAAAGGGAACAAGGAGCAGCAGCUGCAGGGCUGUGCCAGGCUUGACUUUCUUGUAGGAACACGCCAAGGGUGCCCAGGAGCUCCCCCCGCCCAGGAAACCUCCCCCAGUGGAAUUUGGCACCAAACCUCCCCGUGUGUUUUAAUUAUAAAAACCAACAUCCUGAAUGUCAAACCCAUCUAUUUACCAUCGAGAGGUGGAACUGAGCCAUCGCUUAAAAGCUUUUCUCCUACGAAUCAUUUUCUAGGAUCCUCCUGGUUUUCUAAUGAACGUGAUUUUUAAUCCAGCUCGAAUUCACUGAUAUUCCCUGUAGGAACAGGGCAGGGAGCCCAGGCAGGGUCUCCUGCUGCACUUCCUUGGAUUCAGUGGAGCUGCACUGACUCGCGCCAGCUGAGAGUUUGACCUGGAACAUGUUUGGCUUCCACAGAAAGGGAUUUAUUUCUUGGCAAAAAGAAAAAAAGAGUUUUUGCUAAUAGCCCUUGUCAUGCUUAAGCUGCUGUAACACAGCAGCUGCAAAGGGGACUCCUGGAAUCCAAAUGAAACGGGAAUUUUCCUGCCAAUGUUAAUUAGUUGGGUGGUUUUCCCCCCCCUCCCCUAAUAUUUUAACCCAUGGCCUAAAAGAGCUUCAUGUGCUGUCAGCCCUGAAUACCUGCAGAUGAGAAGGAUAAAGACAGGUCUCUUGUGCAGGUUUGAGCCCCAUCUUCCUAUGGGGACAGAAAAUAUUACAUUUAUUUAGUAUUUAUGUGCCCUGAUGCUGCAGGAUGGAGACUGAAACUGUGUCACAGGAUGGCACUGGGAAAACAGAAGUCCAGAAUGGCUUUAACAGGUUCUCAGCCAGGUGCCAGGUAGACCUUUGCCCUCAGGAAAGUAAUUUCCUUUCCUGGAGGUGAUUCCUGAUACAAUUAACAGUCUGAGGAGAACAUAGGAUAAAACUCCAAGGUUUUGUGAAACAAUUUACUGAGUAAUAAAUCUGCUGCUGUACUCAGGCACAAGCAGAAGAGGCAUGAAAGUGAAUCAGGAUCCUGAAUGGGGAAGAAAAAACCCUUCCAAAAAUUAAUCUUGCUGCUUAGCACAGAAUAAAGCUGGAAUUUUCCAAGCUGCAUUAUUCCUCCUCCGGUUUGAAGCUCUUAUUAGGGGCUGCUUAUGGCACCAGUCUGCUGUAAUUCAGAGCCAGUGUUUUAAUCCAUCCUUUAAAUUAGAAUCCUUGAAAAGGAUUUAGAUAUCCUUGGCUUAUCCUAUCCUCAGGAGUACACAGGAGAUGCUAAAUUCAGCUUCCCAUGAGCCCAGAAGCCAGGAUUCGCCCAGCCCAGCUCUGUGCUCGCUGCAGACACCUCUCACCUGGAAACCAAAAGAAAUCCGGGGGCAAUUCUGGCUGAAUUAACGUAUUUCAAACCAAUACGAGUGAGAGCAGCAGAGAAGGGCCAGUUUCGUCCUGCACGACUCGGGCUGAUGUGUCACCCUCUCUGUACUCUGGGCUCCACCCCGAGGCGGGGAAGGGAUUAUGGUGACAGGGAUCUUCACAUCAUCUGCGAUAUCCAGCCCUGCUGCUCAGAGGAGGGAGUCACUUGGAGUGGCCCCAGGUCCAGCCACCUUCAUCUGUGCCCCCCACACCCUCCUUUGCCCAGGGUGGGGGUGUGCCAGCAGCUCCGCUGUCCCCUGAGCAGCAGCGCUGGAGCCGCCGCAAAAUUUUGGCCACGACCAAUUUUCCCUUUCCCAUCUCCCACAACCACAGGAGCCUCAGCUGGGGGAGAUAAUUCCCCUCGGCUGUCCCUGCAGCGGGGUGAGGGGAUCCAGCUCCACUUACAGCCCACUCGUGAU